GUGGGAGGCUGGUGAGGAGGGAUGUAGCCCAUCGCCAGGCGAGCUGGAAGGUGGGCAGCCGGAGGACUGGCUCCAGGGAGGUUAUAAAAGGCAAGACGGGGACGCAGAAGGACCCGCAGCCCCGCGGGGACCCGCCAAGCUCCUUCGCUGGAAGCCCGGAGGAUUCUCUCCCCGACGGCAGAAGCAGCCCAGCAGGAGCGGGGACGCUGCCAGUCAUGCCCCGGGGAGCUGGGCACAGGGGCAGCUGAGGAUGGUGCCCAAGCCGCGUCCUGCCCUCCUCCUCCUCCUCCUCCUUCUCCUGCAGGCAUUUCUCCUCUGGGACAGCCUGGUUGCAGCCUCCAUCCAGGAGCAGUACUGUGAGAGCCUGCCACCUGUCACCAACCACACUGGUCCCCAGUGCAACGCCUCGGUGGACCUGAUCGGCACAUGCUGGCCCCGGAGCGCGGUGGGACAGCUGGUGGCUCGGCCCUGCCCCGAGUUCUUCUAUGGUGUGCGGUACAACACCACCAAUAAUGGGUACAGGGAGUGCCUCGCAAAUGGGAGCUGGGCAGCACGUGUCAACUACUCCCAGUGCCAGGAGAUCCUCAGUGAAGAGAAGAAAAGCAAGCUGCACUACCACAUUGCUGUCAUCAUUAACUACCUGGGCCACUGUGUUUCGCUGGGGGCCCUCCUCGUGGCAUUUGUCCUCUUCAUGCGCCUGCGGAGCAUACGGUGCCUGAGAAACAUCAUCCACUGGAACCUGAUCACAGCCUUCAUCCUACGCAAUGCCACAUGGUUCGUGGUGCAGCUCACCAUGAACCCAGAGGUGCACGAGAGCAAUGUGGUUUGGUGCCGCUUGGUCACUGCUGCCUACAAUUACUUCCAUGUCACCAACUUUUUCUGGAUGUUCGGCGAGGGUUGCUACCUGCACACGGCCAUCGUGCUCACCUACUCCACGGACAAGCUCCGCAAGUGGAUGUUCAUCUGCAUCGGCUGGUGUAUCCCCUUUCCCAUCAUCGUUGCCUGGGCCAUUGGGAAGCUCUACUACGACAACGAGAAGUGCUGGUUUGGGAAGCGAGCGGGUGUUUAUACUGACUACAUUUACCAAGGCCCCAUGAUCCUGGUGCUUCUGAUCAACUUCAUCUUUCUAUUCAACAUUGUUCGGAUCCUCAUGACGAAGCUCCGAGCUUCAACCACAUCAGAGACAAUCCAGUACAGGAAAGCAGUCAAGGCCACACUGGUGCUGCUGCCCUUGCUGGGGAUCACCUACAUGCUGUUCUUUGUCAACCCAGGGGAGGAUGAGAUCUCCAGGAUAGUCUUCAUCUACUUCAACUCCCUUCUGGAAUCUUUCCAGGGCUUCUUCGUCUCUGUCUUCUACUGCUUCCUGAACAGCGAGGUGCGAUCAGCUGUACGGAAGCGGUGGCACCGGUGGCAGGACAAGCAUUCCAUCCGUGCCCGCGUAGCGAGGGCCAUGUCCAUCCCCACCUCCCCAACCCGUGUCAGCUUCCACAGCAUCAAGCAAUCCACAGCUGUCUGAGCUGGGAGCGAGAGGUUGCACUGGGAGCCGAUGUCCCCACUGUGGGGACCAGCAUAGGACCUGCCUGUGGUCCCAGCCCCGCAAGGAGACCGUGAACUCACUCGGUCACGGGACACCUGCACAGCUUCUGCCCUAUAUGCUGGGAAGGCCUAGAAGAUAGGACAGCUGAGAUGCUGCUUUGUCAUCUCCCUGGCAGCUGUGUGACCUGCUGGCAUGGCAGAAAGAGCCAUGAAAAGCCAGAAGGAUCUGGAGAUUUUGCAGUAGCUUUCUGCCAGCUCCAUCCUAGGCACGAUGUCUCAUGUCACUGCCUUUAUCGGGUUUGUCUGCUUUCAGGUGACAGGACACCAGGACAUUGCUGGGACAGAUUAUGGGGCUAGUUCCCUGGGAAGCUGGGUCAGCCUUCCAGUGAGCACAUGAUGGAAUGCUGCUGGUGGGGAGGGAACUCUCUAGAGGAGCCAAAGUCCUAUGUGUGUUGGAAGGGGAUGGAUGGGGAGCCCUGGAGUGAUUGUAGAAAUUGCUUCAUGUGGCUGGAUUUUUGUAACACUGGGGUUGAGUCCUUCCCCUGUCUCUUGCUGGGUCUCCAGAUGUCCUGUAACUGCUGCUUGGUCUGACCAGGUCAUUUCUCAUCUUGACACCUAAGGUGGGAUAAAGCAAUGGGAUGGGAGAGGGGAGGGAAUUCCCCUCCCACGGGGAUGGGUCCCAGGGGCUCUGAACAGCCACACAGAGUGGGCUUGAUCUAGAGGGAAACACAGGAAUCAGUUUAAUCCUCUGGUCCAUCCCAGAUGGAUCCACAGGUCUCUGCAAAGACCUGGACCUCAGGGUGACUCCAUGUCUGUGCUCAGAGGGUGGAAAGGUGAGGGAGCCCUGUAGUGGAGCAGUGGCUGAGGUCCCCAAAGGCAGCUACCACAGGGAAAGACCCUGGCUGUGCUCCCUCCUCCUUGCCCUGCUUUUACCUGGGCAGGUGGGCCCAGUGCCAAAGCUGUUUCUUGCUCUUGUGCAGGGGAUGGGACCAAACCAUCCCCACACUAGGGUUAAGUGCCUUGGAGGAGCAGCAGCCUCCUUCCCUCCCUUCCUAUCUCUCUCCCCAUUCUGGGGACUCCAGAUUGUCCCCAGUUCUCCCUGUCCCAUUGCCCUCUUCCAUGUGGUUACCAAAAGCAGCUGAGCAGAGAGUUCCUUGCAAGUAGAGGGAUUUGCCUUCACCUCUUUGGAGCCACCCUUUCCUUGUCCCAUACAAGGUCUGGGGAUGCCCAGGCAGGGGACAGAUUACAGUACAUUUAUGGGCUGUCUGCCCUCUGCAUCACAGGGAUUUUGCCACUGGGGCCUUACAGGAUCUGGUGUGAGCCCCUUCACACUUCUGUGCCUCAGUUUUCCCUCUAUAAAGAACAGGCAUAAAGGUUUCCUGCCCUGGGCAGAUAUAAACAUCUUUGAAAUUGCAGUAUUCUGUGAUUUCCUCAGAAUAUAUCACCAGAAAGGAAUAAGAUCUUGCUUUUUUUUUUUUUUUUUUUUUUUUUUUUUUUUUUAA